AUGUCAGCUCUCGAACCUGAAUUAGAACCGGAACAAGAACAAGAACGUCGAAGGAGAAGACCAGCCGUUUCAUGCUCCUUUUGUAGGAGACGCAAGAUCAAAUGCAAUCGAACUCUUCCAUGUAGCAAUUGUGUGAGAUCAAGAACCACAUCAAAUUGUGUAUAUGAAAAAUUCCCCAGGUCUUCCCGUGCUCAACAUGACCAAAAUGGACGGAAUUCAAGCGAUAAACAGAAUUAUGUCAUGUCCGAUGAGCCAGCUUCGGAAAGAGAAAGGGGUUUAACACUUGGGGUUCCAUCACAUCCGGCACCACCGACAUCAAAUAAUUCUAUCACAUCAUCACCAACGAAUCAAUUCAUUGCACCAAUCUCAGAUCCAAGUGGUGAUCUUGAAUUCAUGAGGCAAAGGAUCAAAGAACUCGAAGAUCAGCUUUCGCUUGCGACCAAAUCAUCCGUUCCGUCUCCUGCUCUCUCUCAACCUGCACCUUCCCCUGUAACAUCUGUAGUUUCUAACAUCGAGACGAAAACUUCACUGGCUGGAAGCUUUCACAUACACAAAGAAUCUCGACCAUUUGGCCAAGAUCAUCCUGCGGUUGAGACUUAUGGCGUUCUACAUAAAACCAGACUGUUAGGCCAGAGUCAUUGGAUAAAUGGUGUGUCUGGGUACCACGACCUCUUUGAAAUGAUUGAGCCACAUAUACAAGAAGGAACGAAGGUCGCCAUUGGUCUACACAAAUGCAAAACUUUUGGAAAGCUUGUAAAAACCCGACGAGCACCGUUAUGGCCCUCACCACCAACUUGGCCUGAUUUACCUUUAAAAGAAACUGCUGACAUACUAGUUGAUUGUUAUCUCCGGACAAUUGAAACCAUCCACAGGGUUUUGCAUAUUCCUACCUUCAAAAAUAAUUAUGAAGCAAUAUGGACAUCGACUGGAAACCCCGAUACAGAGUUCUUGGUUCAGCUCAGAUUGAUAUUUGCUAUUGGCUCUGCUACAUUUGAUGAUCAAUUUUCCCUUCGUGCUUCAGCUGUCCGAUGGGUCUAUGAGGCGCAGACAUGGAUUUCGGAACCGGAGUUCAAGUCAAGAUUGACUAUAAAAUCACUACAAACCGAAAUUUUACUUUUGUUUGCUCGAGAAACAAUCAACAUUGGUGGGAGAUUAAUUUGGACUUCGGCUGGCUCCUUGUUUAGAAGUGCGGUACACAUGGGGUUGCACAAAGAUCCCUCUUAUCUUCCAAAGAAGACCGUUUUUGCUGCUGAGAUGCGACGAAGAUUAUGGAAUACGAUAUUAGAGUUGAUGUUGCAAUCAAGUAUGGAUUCUGGUGGACCUCCCCUCAUGUCUCUUACCGACUGGGACACUGAGUCUCCUGCAAACUUCAACGACGACGAACUUCUGAGUACUGAUGCUCUACCUCGGCCAGAGAAUGAAUUUAGUCAAACUUCUCUCGCAAUCAUACUUCGCAAGACUUUUCCGCUUCGACUGGCCAUCGCAAAGUCAUUGAACGAUUGCAGCACAAUUAAUACAUUUGAGGAAGCUACCAAGCUUGAUACAGAUCUAAGAUCUUGCUACAAAGCCUUGUGUCAGGAUAUUCAAGAGUUUAAUUCAACCAAUAGGCCUUUACCCCCUCAAUUUGGAAUAGACAUGCUGAAUAUCAUAAUGCUACGAUACCUCUCAUCCCUCCACAUUCCAUUUUUCGUAUCGGCUUUGCAAUCCCCUACGUAUACGUCCUCUAGGAAGGUAGUUUUGGAGACUUCACUCAAAAUUUGGUAUAUGGUGUAUUCAACCAAGUCAAAUGAUGAAUCCCAAUCACACGAAGAAUUUCUCGAAGAUAGUCAGCGGUAUCUUUCCCGACUUACAAUAUGUGGCUCAGGAUUACUUCGUACCAUGGCGACACAAGCCGGGUUCAUAAUUGCUAUGGAAAUCAAGACCCAGCUUCAAGAAGAAACAAGUCUAGGACCUAUCUCUCUACGCCCAGAUCUUCUUGACGCCUUACAAGAUGCCAAAACUUGGCACAUGAGAUGUAUUGAAGCUGGAGAGGUUAAUAUGAAAGGAUACCUGUUCAUCUGCUUAGCAAUUGCACAUAUCGAUGCCCUCCGACAAAGUCAGGUUGGAGAAGAACUUGCAGCUUCAAUAGUAAGCGCUGCAGAAAGAGCUGUGGAUGAAUGUGCAGAAAUACUUGAAAAAAUGGCAACUCAUGGAUUAAAUGAGACGGAGAGUUUGAGUAAGAUGUCGCUAGCUACUCCGACUGAGUUGAUGGGGGGAUGGGAUUUUAUGAUGACUGAUGCUCAGUACAAUUUUGGAGAUGCGAUGGGUUGGGCGUUCAACUACGAUCACCCUCAAGAUAUAUCAAUUUGGUAG